AUGGCAUCGGCCGAUGCGAUCGAUGUUGCAUCCGCCGUAGCUCUCGAGUCGCGGACUGUGACGCCAAUUGCGCAACUGGACCCAGAACUCCCCGACCAGAAUUCACGAAGUGUCCGAGGCGAGGUCACCAUCACAUGGCCGUAUAACAGGGUCACCCAUACUCUCGCUUUCCUCCUUGCCGAACCCGAUGUGCGCCUCCGUCGAACCAAGGGCCAAGUGCGAGUCCAGCUCCAUGGACCUAGCGCAAAGACCGUCGCCGACUGUGGACUGGGAGCUUUCGAUGAGGUGCUGCUCAGUCUCGAUGGCGUCGAGUGGACAAAGGACGAGUCACCCGGGCGCAUUCCUGGGGCUCGAGUAGACUGGCAGUUGCAGUUCAACCAGAAGCUGGUGCUUCAGGUGAAGCUCAACGGAUCCGACCAACCGAAACACAUCAACGUCGAUAGCACACAAACCGAGGUGCCGAACGAGCUACCGGAACCAUCAGCGAUACAGCACCUAGAGCAGACCGUGAAUGAGCCUGAAGAGGCCGUUAUCGACACGCUAUCGGCUAUUCGCAAGGUCCCAGAUAUUGCCUUGAACGAAUAUCCAUCGCCUGCUUUCAUCAAGAGGGCUAGAAUCUCAUACGGCUCCCUUUUCGAGGACGGACUGGACAUAUUCGAGGAGGAUGGUGGCAUCAAGGGCAAGGGUCGCAAGCGAUCACGCUUCGCGCGGAAGAGCAAUGGCUGGAGAUAUUCUAGUAAAUCCCCGAGUCCCGAGCCGGAACCUGCGUCCGAUGAAGACCAAGUGAGCCAGCCACAGUCACCGAAUCACGAUGCCAUGGAGGAGGAUACGGUUGCAGAAACGCCCGCGCCAAAACCCACAAUGACAGAUGGAGCUUCACAGACGGUUGAAUCCGAGAUGACGCCCAUUCCACCAGCGGAAUCCGAGCAAGGCCCAACAGAAAAGCCGGAAGCAGUUUCACGCCCGGCCACUUGGGGAAAGGUAGAUCUUGGAAACCAGCAGACAUUAAAGGACACCACGCUUCAGGAGACAGAAGUCGCCCAGGCCGCCUCCCACAUUCUUGGUAUGGCAAAUGGAACCUUGAAUCAGUCAUACCCAUACCAGCAUACCGACAACCAAGCCCAUCCGGCAGCUAACUCCUUAUUUGGAUCUACUAAACCCGUGGUAUCUGGCCUUUCCAUGUUCGGCACACCGGCUAGUGUCCCUGUUGAGUCCGAUUAUGGAAUCGCCGACCAAGUGAGGUUUGGUUUUUCCCACACACCUCAGGUUCCCCAGUCAGGAGUUCCAGAACCACAGAUGCAUGCUGCGCCAGAGUCUGGACCAUAUCCGGACUCUUACCUCGACCAUUCCGUCCCCGCUAAGUACGAGGGCAUGGAGUCGUACAUGAACAUUGCUCAGAGCAACCCCGAACUGCAACAUGGCCAGGAUUAUAACCUAGUACCAGGGCCAACAGGUACGGAGAGUUUUGAGCGAGGCCAGUGGGAGAUGGCAACUCAGGCACCGCAAUACAACCCAAUCGAGGGUGGUCACUUUGGCGCCGAUGCUCUCAAUGAGGGUAUUCCAGCUGUCAUCGAGGAUCCUUCCUUGCAUGCCGACCCGACUCGUCCAGAUCAAGUUCCGGAAGGCUUCAGGAGCUACGGCACGGGCAACGAAGGGCCUGUUGGUUUUGAAGAGCCGGAGUCACAAGCAGAAUCUGAACAAGAUGCAGAGAGAUCUGAAUUCGAGGACCUUGUGGAGAACGAGGAGCUUAACGAGGCCGAUGAAGAUGACAUCGGUGUUGACAACGAUGUCGAAUACGACGAAUAUGGAGAGGAAGUCGAAAAAGGCGAUUACGAUCAACGCGUAUACAACAAGCCCGAAAGUGAUGACGAGGGAAUCAGUCAAGAUGAUGAUGAGGUUGAGCUGGAGGUUGCGGAGCGAUAUGGCGAGGGUGACGUCUACAAUGAAGAUGAAGACGAGGAAACGGACGACUAUGCCGAGGACUGGGAGGCAGAGCGCUCCCAGUAUGACGAUGAGGAUGAGUACGAGUCCGAGGAUCAUGACCUCGGUCAGCAUCCCCCCAGGCGUGCACCAGCUGCCGCCGCACCGGCGGAUCCAGUCGUUAUAAGCUUGUUGUCAGAUUCGGAGGACGAAGAUGAUGAUCCUCCUCUACCACCUCAACCAGCUCUCCCUACGAGCAGACCUAUGAUGGCUCGACAACUCAGCAUUCGCCAUUCAUCUCCCCUUAAGCCUGCACCUAUGUCUACCGAAGACACCAGUCCUCGGCAAAUUGAGAAAUCUCCGCCCGUCAAAAAGGAAGAACCCACUGUUGAGCAACCUGGUGUGAAGGAUGAGCCUACUGAGAAUCAAGCAAAGCCAUGGGUCGGGCACGUGAAUGAGCCAUCCCAAGUCGAUAAGAACGACCGUGACCGUCAGCCCAAAGACGACGCAAAGCCGUCGGAGUUCGCAAUGGAAAUCGUCCAUACAGAACCGGCUACGGGCACGGAUGCUGAAGUGAUUCCAAGUUCCAGCCUCGCUGAUGUUAAGGACACUACCAGUGAAGUGGAAAGUCUCGCCCAGAGCAUUCAGCUGCCCAAGACCCUCGACGCUGAGUCGGAAGCACAAGUCGAUAAGCACGAAUCUGACUCUAAAUCCGGUGAAGAGGCUGUACCCAAGGCGGAAGAUGAUCAGCUCGAAGAGCAAAAGGAAAACAAAUCUGAGUCCGAAGCCAAUGACGAGACAUUCCAAGGGUUCUCAAGUGAUGCACAAAGCGUUGAGCGACCUGAGGAAGAGUCCGAGUUGGAAGAAGACGACGAGUUACUUGACGAGGAUGAGGAAGAGAACAGUGAAAUUGCGGAGGAGGAUGAAGAACAGGAUGGCAGUCAGCAGUUUGUGGACCUGCUUGACACGACUAGUGAGGAAGAAGAUGAGGAGGAUGAGGAGGAACAGGUGGAUGAUGAUACUUUCGAGCCAGUUGAGAGCGAAAGCGAGGAUGACGGGGAUGGGGAAGCCAUUGAGGUGGUAGGAAAAGACGAUAAAGAAGAUGUCGUUCUUGAGGUUGAGGAGGAGAAGAAAAUCGAGGUUGAACAGAAGGUUGAAGAGAAGGUCGAGGAGAAGAAUGCGGAAGAAGGGGAAAAUGUCGACGAAAAAGCUGUCGCCGUUGAGACCACGGACGUCGUUGCGGAAGUCAAGGAAACCGAUAAGGGAGUUUUAGAGGUCAAGGGCACCGAACACGAUGUUCAAGAGGUCAAAGCCGAGAAGGGCGGUGUCAAUAAGACCGCCGAAACCGCCAAUGAGACCAAAGAAGAGAAGACUCAAGCUGAUCAGGGAGAAGCUCAGGCCCCGGCGAAGUCGCCCGUCGCUGUUGAAGAGACGGCGCAAGAGACUGAAGCCGUUGAGGAGGAGCAGCGACUGAAGACCAACAAUGUCGACACCGCUCGCGAAACUGAGGUGCAGACAUUGCCUACGAUUACUGCCCCUGCAGAUGAAGGGGACAGAACACCUCGUGUGGAGGAGGCUGAUGAAAUGGAAGCAAUCCAGCAUCAGCUCAUCGAAGACAUGGUCCGUGCAUCCAGAGAAGCCAGCAUGAUGGAAGUCAGUGAUGUCGAACACGUCUCCGUUAUGUCGCAAGAUACCCCCAGACCUAUUCAAGUUGACUCGGAUGAGGAAAUGAGAGAUAGUGACGAUGAGGACGUGGAGAUGGCGGACGCGGCGACUCCUAGGCCCGAAAUCCAUGCCCAGGAAGGCCAGGUGUCACAGGCAGUUGAAGUCGAAAUGACGAGCGAGACCAUCGAAGUCGACUCGGAUAGCAUGUCAGUCACUCACGAAGAGUUGGUCGAAACUGAAAUCACCGGGGCACCGCUUGGGCAGGAUUCUGCCAUGGAGGAUGCCGAGAUGAUAGUCGAGGUGGAGGAGGAGACCCAGGUCACUGUCGAGCAAGAACUCACGGUUACGGAAACUACGGCAUCCCAGCAACCGCAAGCAAGCCUAUCUGCGACUGUGGAUGUCGUCGAUCACGCACCUCAGCAGGCUGCUCUUCCCUCUAGCUCUCCCUCGAGUCGGCCUUUUGCUAGCCAGGUCGCAGAGGAUGAAGUUAUGCUGGUUGGGUCUUCCUCACCAGCAAAGGAAGCGGUCCACGAAAAGCCACUUCCAACACCUAACCAGAGCGGUGUGCUUGAUCAGAAAGUGACCGGAUCCUCGCAGCCGGAGGAGGCUCAGGUCGCUGCUGACACAGUGAUCGAGGAGUCCACAGAGGUUGUCACUGAAGUUGAAAUCAUUGAAGAAACUGAGACGGCCACAACAGAACCUCAAGUAGCCACUACGGAGGAGGGUGUUGAGACCCAAGAUGAAGUUUCCCUGAUAGUGGUUGAGGAGGUCUCUGAAGAGCAGACUCAGGGCCUCGUUGAGGAUCAAGCCGAGGAGACGGAUGCCGGUACUCAACUGCAGUCGAUUUCCCAACACGGUUUCGAGGAGGCAGACGAGUCAAAGCAGGCAACUCCCACUGCUGAGCCCUCCGAGGAAACCACAGUGCAAAAGGGAGCGUCAUCCGAGACGGCCGUCACGCCUGACCAGUCCCAACCAGCCGGUGACAAAGAUGCUGGCCCCAGCGUUAAGCCCGCCAAACCGGCCGUGACAGCUUCCGCUAAGCGCGGAAGAAAGCAACAGCCAGCUCUCGAGCCUCUACGCACAAGCGCGCGUAUUACCCGCGCCCGCUCCGGAAGCGUCCCCAAGAGCGCCACCACCGAAGAAAACGGCGGAGUCACCAGUACUGCCGCCGCGCUAGCCUCGCCUUCCAGGCGCAGCUUCACUUCAUCCCUCAACUCUUCUGCUGCCGCUGUCGAGGUCGCCGAGACCGCCUCGCAGCAGUCCACCUCGCAUCCCGACGACAACACAGCGAAUGGACCUCCUCUAAGCAACGACCCGGCAGUCCUUAAAUUGGAUCUCUCCCGCCGUUUACGUUCGGAACCUCAAUUUGCCAACUGUCUAACCCUAAAAUCCAUCCGCAACCACCUUGGCCAAAACGUCGACAUCCUCGCCAUCGUCUCCUCCACCCCGACCAACCCUACUCGCGCCAAAGGCGGACCGAGGGAGUACAUGAUGAGUUUCAACAUCACCGACCCUUCCACCGCCCCCAACCAUGUGGUGGAAGUGCAGAUGUACAAAGGCUAUAAAGAGCAGUUGCCGAUUGUCACGCCCGGCGAUGCGAUUCUGCUGAAGCAGGUGGAGAUUCGGUCGAUCUCGGGAGCGGGUAAAGGAGGAUUUGGACUUAGGACGGGAGAUAACAGUGCUUGGGCUGUUUUCGAGGCUACUCCCGACGAAGCGAAGGCGGAUGAAGAUGAGAAGGAUAGGGAGAGUGGGGAUGCUGCUGCAAUGAGACCACCGCAGAUUAAGGGAUUGCCGGUGAACAAUUGGAAGGAGUUUGCUGGGUACAUGGUUAUGCUUAAGAAGUGGUACAGGCUGCUUUUGAAGGAUGAAACGGCCAAGGGGAAGUUGGAGAAGGCGGUUAAGAAGUUUGAGAAGUAA